AUGCGGGAAGUCAACUUUAGCAUCCCGAACGUGAACAAGGCUUCGGUCAAUAUCACUACAACUCUAUAUGAUCGACGGGCCCUUGAUUGUACAUCAACAUUACCGCUGAUUAACUCAUUGAAUCACCUCGCUUACCUCACAACGUCGUCCGCACGUAUUCGGGACAUUCUCACCGUCGAUGGCGGGAUCGAAAGACUCGUUUGCAUCCUGAAGGAGGGGAAAAGCAAGGAUCUCAUGGAAAUGUGGAAAUGGAGUCUUGCAUUCCAGUGUGUUGUGAAUAUUGGAGUUCGAGGCUCGGAAAAUGUGCGGACUCGAGUGGUCGAAGCCGACAUGGUCCCCGUAAUUGCCACCAUCCUGGACAAUUACAUCAAGGUUGUGGACAAAGUGCGAUCGCGGGCCGAUCCCGAAUCUCACAAGCACUCCAGUCGAUCAGCUGCUCCCAGCAAGUCCAGUUCCUCCUCCCUGCGUGAGACUACUGGACGAUCCGGCGCCGACUCCAAUCUUCCCGCUGAAUCUCGCUCCUCUCGUCGCCAGGCUCCUCCUCCAAGCAUCGAAAUCCCCCAGCCAUACUACCAAGAAAAUCAACCGACUGAUUCCGAUGUGAUGGAUGUCACAUCUCCCCACGAAAUCCACAAUCACCGAACGCACGAUGCUCGACACACCCGCGCCAGCCAUCGUCUGCGCACCAUGCAACCCCUUGCCACUUCGGUUUCUCCGAUGGAUACCGCUGAAACAUUUGGUUUACGUCCCGUGCGCGAUACGGAGCGUCUUCCCAGCAUGCUCCCCGGGCUUCAAACUGGUCUCAUCUCACAGCCGGACUCUCCAACAACUCCCAGUGGACCGAUCCAUUCUCAUGCACGAAACAUUCCUCCUCCUCCCCCACCUCCUCCCAUGAGACAGCGACCACCGAUGCGUCAGCGUCAGCAGCAAUCUGCGUCGGGUGAAUCGGACGAUGCCAACGGAGAGGACUUGGCCAUGGGCGAUGACAAUCUUCUAGGCCAGGGGGCAGGACCCAUUGUUGCUCUGCCUAACCGAAUGGAUAUCGACACAGUGGAUGAGCAGUCAACCACCGCGAUGAUCGAUGAUGUUUCUGCAACCCACGGCGGAUUGACUGUGACAGAUCCCUCCGAAGAAGGCCAGGAAGCCGAGACGUUCAACAUUGCCCAUCGCUCUGCGGUUGAUGGUAGCAUAAUCAACAACACACAAAACACACAAAACGCCGGUGGAUUGGGUCUUUCUCCUACCCAGGCCACGAACAACCCUAAUUCCCCCACUCUCGCUCCCAGCCCCUACGCCAUGUACCUCCGUGAUCGAAACACCCCCGCAGCUCAGAACAUCCUGUCAACUAUGCCUCGAGAUGAGGAUGUCUUGAUGUCCCUUCAGCUCCUGGCAUAUGUCUCGAAGUAUUGCAACCUUCGCUCAUAUUUCCAGCGUUCUCACCUUGUGCCCAGACUCAAGAUUGACCAGGCACCCGAGGAUGAGGACGAAUACCUACUGCCUGAUGAUGUCAAUAUCUUCCCCCUGGUGGAGAAGUUCACUGUGCGUCAUCAUUCUAAGGACAUGCAGUAUUGGGCUUGCGUGGUCAUGAGGAAUCUUUGCCGCAAGGAUGAGUCGCGCGGUGGAAUUCGCCAAUGCGCGUACUACAAGUGCGGAAAGUGGGAGGAGUUUCAGCGGCAAUUCGCCAAGUGUCGCCGCUGUCGCCGCACUAAGUACUGCAGCAAAGAUUGCCAAAAGGCAGCGUGGGUAUACCACCGCCAUUGGUGCCAUACGACUGCUUGA